AUGAAUCUCCCUAAUGAAGCCAUCAACGUCAACUCUGUGACUGACUUUACGAAGCACAUUCGCUCGCUAUCCAUUCCCGUGAAGGAGUGGAGUGAGGAGGACCAGAACGGCACCGUACGAUACGCCCGUGUGAAUGCCUACGGCAGUACGACACAUACUCUGGUGGAGCGCAAUAACUACCCGGGCGACAAGUUUCUGCCCAACUGGGGCUGCAAUCCACUUCGCGACAGUCUGUCUGGCUCCAUCUGGUCACGACUGCCCCCGACGGGUCUGCAGAAGAUCGACCACCUGGCACUGAACCAAAUCAGCGGCACAAUGAAGCAAAUCGUCCAAUGGUACAUGGAAACGCUAAAGUUCAAGCGUUUCUGGUCAAAGGACGACACUGUGGUCAACUCCGAGCACUCUGGUUUGCGGUCAAUCUUCAUGGUCAACGACGACAAUGAGUGCAUCAAGCUGACUAUUAAUGAGCCCAUUGAUGGCUCUUUCAAAUCGCAGAUUCAGGAGUUCAUCGACUACCACCGUGGUCCAGGUGUGCAGCACAUUGCCUUUGGCACGCAGGACAUUUGUGAGUCCAUUAUUCAGCUCAAAGAUCGAGGAGUUCAAUUUCUGGAGACACCGUACACUUACUAUCAAAAGCUGGAGCAGCGUCUGCAAGCGGAUAAGGUGAACAUCAGCAAGGACAUUUCACUGCUGCACAAGCACAACAUUCUCGUCGAUUACGACCAUACUGGCCAUCUCUAUCAGAUAUUCACUCGGCCCAUACAGGACCGACCGACGGUCUUUCUCGAGCUGAUUGAGCGUCACCACUUUGGCGGUUUCGGUGCUGGCAACAUCAAAGCCCUUUUUGAGUCCAUUGAAGAGGAGCAAAAACUACGCGGCAAUGUUUGA